AUGACCGCAGACGCUGCGGAUCAAAGAAUCCGCAACGGUGACUUCGGUCACAAAGUUCUGUGUGGCAAGAAGAGGCUUUCUACCACCGCAUUUAGCGUUGGCAGCGACCAGCUCUGCCUGCCCGGGGAGGAGGCCAUUUGGUGCGACGACCAUGGGUUUAUUAUAAGUGAAGUCGCGCAAGAAUGUUACAAAGGAGAUUGGCUUCAAUCGCCCGCCACGAUAGUUGAGUUCGACCACGUCGGUAAGUUUGUCCCACCACCGCGGUAUGUCGCGCUUUCGGACGAGCUAGUCUACCAUAUAAUUAAGUUUAUUUCACAGAAAGAGCGCUACGCGAGCUGGCCCGCCGACUUUGAUGGGUCGGGAAACAUUCAGGCCGAUCCGUGCCCUCAGGACCCUGCCCCAAUCGGGCGACUACACGGGUUGACAUCGGCCCCCGUCUACUGCCGUUACUAUGCAUUGGUAGGCAAUCGCGUUGCAUCAGUAAACGGCUACAUGAUCGCACCAAAGGUUGAAAUCAAAGAAGCUGCUUCAGACUUCGCCUGGGGCUUGGUUAUUCUCCAUGAUACUUUCGUCCUGAACCAACCGGUGGCUUUAAAUCGCCAAAUCUACAGCCACAGCGGUAAGAUUUUUGACGAACCCAUCGGGAGUGAACUGGCCUGCCUGAAGAGAAAGGCAAAGGCCGAUGACAAGGCGGAACAUACUCGUCUCCUAGACACCGCAGUCGGUGACCAUCGUGCCUGCGCGCUGUACUUUAUACCUACUGGCCCCUAUCUCGCACCACUGUGGCACUUCCAUGGCUACCACAUAGCCUGCAGUCCGGACACUCAUAAGCAGCCGAGUUCAAUGAUUAUUGCUUCCUAA